AGUAGAGGGAGAGAGGGAGAGUGCGGGCAGACAGAAUAGCGGUGUGUCAGUGGAGGCAGACAGACAGCAUGGUUGAAGCUUGCAGGCAGUUCUAGGACCAGCCAACGACUUUCCAUGUAAUCCCAGUACCAGCAGAGCUUAGAGGGGGGGAGUCAAAGGAGAAAACACCUGGACAUAAAUCUAACCAUACUGCUGGAUGCAACAAACUGACCAAAUCAAAAUAUUUUUUCCACUGUAGGGUUUGUACUUUUUGAGAAGUGGAGGUGUUUGCCUUCGGGGGACUUUUGGUUUCAUUUCUGGGCUGGUGUCUGGUCUGGGCGGACAUUCCCGAGGGACCGCAUGCAUGACACAACGUAAAGGCGAGAAGCCCACCAUCAGCAUCCAGGAGCACAUGGCCAUUGAUGUGUGCCCGGGCCCCAUCCAGCCCAUCAAGCAAAUCUCUGACUACUUCCCCCGCUACCCACGGGGUAUCCCCCCUACAGCGCCCCCGCCUCUUAGCCGGACGGGCUCCUUGCGUUCCGCCUCACUGAACGCUACCGUGGACACCUUGGCUGGUGAGGAUGAACUGGACCAAGCCUUUGCUGGGGCUACUGCUGCCCCAUCACCAUCUACCAAAAAGGAGGAGGAGCCUGACGUAGAGGGCUAUGACUCAGAUGACUCAACCACUCUGGGAACCCUGGACUUCAGCCUGCUGUACGAUCAAGAGAACAACGCCCUACACUGCAGCAUCAACAAAGCAAAGGGGCUGAAACCAAUGGAUCAUAAUGGGCUCUCAGAUCCUUAUGUCAAACUGCAUUUGCUGCCUGGGGCCAGUAAGGCCAACAAGCUGCGCACCAAGACCCUGCGUAACACCCUCAACCCUGUCUGGAGUGAGACCCUGACCUACUACGGCAUCACUGAUGAGGAUAUGGUCCGCAAAACACUCAGGAUUUCAGUAUGUGAUGAGGACAAGUUCCGCCAUAAUGAGUUCAUCGGUGAGACACGUAUCCCCCUUAAGAAACUCAAGCCCAACCAGACCAAGAACUUCUAUAACUGCCUAGAGAAACAGCUGCCUAUUGACAAGACUGACGAUAAGUCCCUGGAGGAGCGGGGCCGCAUCAUGAUCUCUCUCAAGUACAGCUCCCAGAAGUCUGGCCUGGUGGUUGGCAUCGUCCGCUGUGCACACUUGGCCGCCAUGGACGCCAACGGCUUCUCCGACCCCUAUGUGAAAACGUACCUGAAGCCAGACGAGAACAAAAAGUCUAAGCACAAAACUGCUGUGAAGAAAAAGACCCUAAAUCCUGAAUUCAAUGAGGAGUUCUUCUACGACAUAAAAUAUGCAGACCUCACCAAGAAGACCCUGGAGGUGACGGUGUGGGAUUACGACAUCGGCAAAUCCAAUGAUUUUAUAGGUGGUGUUUCUCUGGGCAUCAACGCCAAUGGUGAGAGGCUCAAACACUGGUUUGACUGUCUCAAAAACAAGGACAAGAAAAUAGAGCGCUGGCACACACUGACCAAUGAACUUCCCGGUUCUGUGUUUAGUGACUGAAGGGCCACCCUCCCCUCACUCCCACUCCCAACAAGCUCCUUACUCCUGAUUUUCUGUGGAUAUGGGAGUCCAGCCUUGACCGACGCUCCAGCUUUUUGCCUGCAUUUGGAGACGUUUACGUAAUCAGCUUCCUCCUCUCCAACCCUCUAGCUCCUUAUACUUUCUCCCCUCUCCAAAGUUGUUAAAUUCCUAGUUAUGAUACUGUCCCUCUGGUAGUGUACUGUAUCUUUAGGGCUCAUGUAAUGACACGGUUUUUGAGUUGAUCCUGCAACAGCAGUUUGGUGUUGUUAGAAAAUGUUAGCUGUAUGUCCAACAAUACGACAAGUCAAUGACAUACUGCACCACAUGAUUCUAAUCAUUUAUUGACAAUUUAGACACACCAGAUUGUUUGAAGGCAUGCACUUUGUUCUAAUCAUACGAUAUACAAAAAUAUAGUUUACUUCAGACAUUGCCUCAAAAGCAUGUAAUGUUUACAACAUUUCAGGACAGAGAUUCACACAAACUGUACCACUGUUUUUCUGAAUUUAAAUUUUGCAGGAGAGGGCCGAAUUACAUAUAGUACACUUUACACACAUAAGUUUAAGAUCACUGCUAAUAUCCCAUCCUGUGUGGUUGGGGAUUAGGUUGGAUUGUGUAGUGCAGGCAUUUUUAUUAUACUAGCUAAGUAUGUUGUUGCUUACGUAUAUUGUUUUCUCCUGUAGUGUAAAUUGUGAGCCUCCUCAGUGAGUGUAUCAAUGAAUGGAUGUAAUAUAUACAGUGGGGCAAAAAAGUAUUUAGUCAGCCACCAAUUGUGCAAGUUCUCCCACUUAAAAAGAUGAAAGAGGCCUGUAAUUUUCAUCAUAGGUAUACCUCAACUAUGAGAGACAAAAUUAGAAAAAAAAUCAAGAAAAUCACAUUGUAGGAUUUUUUUAUGAAUUAAUUGGUAAAUUCCUCGGUAAAAUAAGUAUUUGGUCACCUACAAACAAGCAAUAAUUCUGGCUCUCACAGACCUGUAAUUUCUUCUUUAAAAGGCUCCUCUGUCCUCCACUCGUUACCUGUAUUAAUGGCUCCUGUUUGAACUCGUUAUCAGUAUAAAAAACACCUAUCGACAACCUCAAACAGUCACACUCCAAACUCUACUAUGGCCAAGACCAAAGAGCUGUCAAAGGACACCAGGAACAAAAUUGUAGACCUGCACCAGGCUGGGAAGACUGAAUCUGCAAUAGUUAAGCAGCUUGGUGUGAAAAAAAUCAACUGUGGGAGCAAUUAUUAGAAAAUGGAAGACGAUACAAGACCACUGAUAGUCUCCCUCGAUCUGGUGCUCCACGUAAGAUUUCACCCCGUGGGAUCAAAAUGAUCACAAGAAUGAUGAACAAAAAUCCCAGAACCACACGGGGGGACCUAGUGAAUGACCUGCAGAGAGCUGGGACCAACGUAACAAAGGCUACCAUCAGUAACACACUACGCCGCCAGGGACUCAAAUCCCGCAGUGCCAGACGUGUCCCCCUGCUUAAGCCAGUACAUGUCCGGGCCCGUCUGAAGUUUGCUAGAGAAUGUCAUUGGGAGAAUGUCAUAUGGUCAGAUGAAACCAAAAUAGAAAACUUUUUGGUAAAAACUUCACUCGUCGUGUUUGGAGGAGAAAGAAUGCCGAAUUGCAGCAAAAGAACACCAUACCUACUGUGAAGCAUGGGGGUGGAAACAUCAUGCUUUGGGGCUGUUUUUCUGCAAGGGGACCAGGGCUGCGUUUCCUGAUAACGAUGGAUUGUAGCUGUUAAGAGGGUUCUCUACGAUGAAAAUAACGAUCCAUCGUUAUUUCUUACGUGCGUUUCCCGAACAUGCUCGUAAGGAGAACCAUCGUACGUGUCUCUUAAGUUGC